GCCAUUCACAACCAAAACACCUUAACUUCCUUGCUAAUCAAGAAACACAAACCAGAGGAAGAAAACAAGAGAAAAAAAACACACAAAGAACACAACCUUUCUAAUUCUCCUUCCUCUCCCCCACCCUUUAAUGCAACAAUGGGGAAUUGUUGCUCCGGACGGGACUCAGAAGAUGGACACACACAAGACAAGGGCCUAACCGAUUCAAACGCUGUUGGUCCAACCGCUGAACCUCCUGUAGCACAAUCCAAACACGCCCCUCCUUCACCACCUCCCGCAACAAAACAAGGCCCUAUAGGACCUGUCUUAGGUCGCCCCAUGGAAGAUGUAAAAUCUUCAUAUUCUCUAGGCAAAGAGCUAGGCCGAGGGCAGUUUGGUGUCACGCACCUCUGCACACAGAAGGCAACAGGUCAGCAGUUCGCUUGCAAGACCAUUGCCAAAAGAAAGCUUGUGAACAAAGAAGACAUAGAGGAUGUAAGAAGGGAAGUGCAGAUAAUGCAUCACAUGACUGGUCAGCCAAACAUUGUGGAGCUUAAAGGAGCUUACGAGGAUAAGCAUUCUGUGCAUUUGGUCAUGGAGCUUUGUGCUGGUGGAGAGUUGUUCGAUAGGAUUAUUGCUAAAGGACAUUACUCUGAGAGAGCAGCUGCUUCUUUGUUGCGAACAAUUGUUCAGAUUAUUCAUACUUGCCAUUCAAUGGGGGUUAUCCACAGAGACUUGAAGCCUGAGAAUUUUCUGUUGCUGAACAAAGAUGAGAACUCUCCUCUCAAAGCCACUGACUUUGGGCUCUCCGUUUUUUACAAGCCAGGAGAGGUGUUUAAAGACAUAGUGGGUAGUGCUUAUUACAUAGCACCAGAGGUUUUGAAAAGAAAGUAUGGACCAGAAGCUGAUAUUUGGAGUAUUGGUGUCAUGUUGUAUAUCCUCUUGUGUGGUGUCCCACCCUUCUGGGCUGAAUCGGAGAAUGGAAUAUUCAACGCCAUCCUAAAGAGUCAUGUUGAUUUCUCAAGUGAUCCAUGGCCAUCCAUCUCACCUCAGGCGAAGGAUCUUGUUAAGAAGAUGCUCAACUCUGAUCCUAAGCAAAGACUAACUGCUGCUCAAGUUCUCAACCAUCCAUGGAUUAAGGAGGAUGGAGAAGCACCAGAUGUUCCUCUUGACAACGCGGUGAUGUCCAGGCUCAAGCAAUUCAAAGCAAUGAACAAUUUCAAGAAAGUUGCGUUACGGGUGAUAGCAGGUUGCUUAUCAGAGGAAGAGAUCAUGGGGUUGAAAGAGAUGUUUAAAGGUAUGGACACUGACAGCAGUGGAACAAUUACACUCGAGGAGCUAAGACAGGGACUAGCUAAGCAAGGUACAAGGCUGUCAGAAUACGAAGUCCAGCAGUUAAUGGAAGCUGCCGAUGCUGAUGGUAAUGGAACAAUAGACUAUGGUGAGUUUAUCGCAGCCACAAUGCAUAUUAACAGACUUGACAGAGAAGAACAUCUCUACUCAGCCUUCCAGCACUUUGACAAAGACAACAGCGGAUAUAUCACAAUGGAAGAGCUGGAGCAAGCCCUCCGGGAAUUUGGGAUGAGUGAUGGCAGAGACAUUAAAGAGAUAAUUUCAGAGGUUGAUGGAGACAAUGAUGGUCGGAUCAACUAUGAUGAGUUUGUGGCAAUGAUGAGAAAAGGAAACCCGGAUCCUAUCCCAAAGAAACGGCGUGAACUUUCAUUUAAAUGACCCAAUUGUUGAAGUAGAGGAAGAGAGAAGAUAGAAAGAGAGCAGAACAAGACAAAAGGCACAUCAAAAGUUGCUAAUCAUUGAACUGGAGGAGAGAUCUUUAAGGGUGGAGAAGGAAAACAAAUUCAUUAAUUGGGGAUUUGGGGGAGGUGUUUGAUUUGUAUGUACAUUUUCUUUCUGGUUGUUUACUACUACAGCUUCUUAAAGGUGCCAUGGGUUUCUCAAUGUACUUAAAACUUCUUUUUCGAUUCUCUUGUAUGUGUUAGUGUUAUUUGUUCUUUACUUCCUA